CCUCGAUCGGCACACGCGCAUCAUAUCGAACCCCACGCACGAACGCACGGAAUGAGCUCGCUCGUCGCAUCGAGCGCCACCGCCGCCGUCCGCGUCGCGCGACCCCGCGCGGCGUCCUCGACCACCCACCGACCGAGAUCGGGAAUGCCGGCGUUUGGCCCGCGAUCGUCUCCCUCCACCGCCCUCUCUCGCCGCGCGUCCCUACGACCCCUCGCGGCCAAGCCCAAGGAGAAGGACGUGGACUGGGACGCGAAGACGAAGCAGAUGACCGCCGAGCGCAUCAUGGACGCCUGCCUCGAGGCCAUGGCCGACGGCGACGAGGGCCGGCUGGAGGCAUGCCUGCUCGAGCUCGAGGACGAGGGCGAGCGCGCGGGGGUCAUCGACUCGCUGCAGCAGACCCCGCAGGUCAAGGACGACAAGUUCUGGCAGGGGAAGCUCCAGGAGAUCGCGGCGGAGAGGGUGCUCGACAACUGCAUGGCCGCCGUGAUGUCCGGCGACGUGGACGAGAUCGAGGCGUGCAUGUUGGACGCCAACAACGACACGCUGCUCGGGGUGGACGUGACCACCGCAGAGGACGGAACCAAGACGUUCAGGUUCUGAAACCUUUAACAGAGUCGGAUUGAUGAAAGAGUCGGGGCGGAUCGACGGCGACCGCGUCUGUCGGACGGGGCACGGAGGCGCGUGGGGCGACGGCGGCGCACCCCGGAGGAGUCGCCGUCGCGAAAGACCGGAUCGGCGUGCGUUUCAAUCACAUUUGUUCUUCGU